GUUCACAGGAUUCAAGCAGAAUUGAGUGCAUUUGCUGAUUGUUUCCUUUCAACAGUGUGACUAAACAGGGUUUGGGUUGAUUGUGCAAAUUCAAGCCACAAUGUGGGUCAGAAGCUAAGUUGUUUUUCAUAUUAAUGGCUGGAGGAGGGCGUUACCCACCUAAGUUAGAUGGGCGUUCGUCUCUUCAAGCUCCCGGGAUGUUGAGGCACGGGUCAUUACCAAAUGGUGUACGGCUGUUGGAUCCUUUGUCUCUUCCAGGGCGCUUGGAGAACAAAGUUGCGGCUCAGGCUGCUGAAAUCGAGCAAUUCACUAGUGAUAAUCAGAGAUUUGUAGCAGGUAAUCAAGCCUUGAGACAAGAUCUGGUAGCUGUCCAAAACGAGGCACAGCAACUCAAGGCACACAUUAGGAGCAUCCAGACAGAGAGCGACAUUCAGAUCAGGGUCUUGGUGGACAAGAUUGGGAAAAGGGAAGCACAUAUUAGGGCUGCUGAGAAUGUGAAGGAAGACCUUACGCAGGCGCAUCACGAGGCACAGAACUUGGUCAGGGAUAGAAAGGAGCUAAUUAGUAAAAUUCGACAGGCCUCCCAGGAACUGCAAACUAUUCGUGGAGACUUUAAGAGCUUGCCCGAUUCAGAAGCUGAGCUCGACGAUUUGAGGCAGGAGUAUAAGAGACUAAGGGACACAUUUACUUACGAGAAAGGGUUCAACAUGGCCAAAGUAGAGGAGCUGAAGUCGGCGGAGAAGAACCUGAUUGAGAUGGCAAGCGAUGUGGAAAAGAUAUAUGCUGAAAUCUUGAACACUGAGAAGAGAGCCCGUAGUGCUGCUCCUUAUGCUGCUAACUAUGGAGUAGGUGGUGGUGCGUACGUCGAUUCAUAUAGAAGACCUCUCGGGUCCACUGGUGACGGGAUGAUGAAGUCAUAUGGGAAUAGCAAUGGCAUAGGUGCAAGUAGCGGCGCUGGCCACCAUUAGGGAUCCACCAUGAUCAAUAGAGACCAAUUUGUAAGUAGAAGAUGGAAAACUGCACUUUCUGGAGAAAGGAAUGAAGCAAUGCUGUUUAUUUAAUUGGGUGCUUCGAACCACUCUUUAAUAUUCUCUUUGAUGUGCAGAUAAUAGAUUAGGUGAAUUUAGAAUCUCCUGCUAGCUGAUUAAUCCGUGCAGAAUGCAUAUCGGAUCUCUCAAAAUGUCAUCAAGCAAGAACUGUUUACUGCCUGCAGCUUGUUGUAGGAAAUGAAGAGAAGGUAUGGUCUAACUUAAGACCAUGUCCUUAAACUCGUGUAUUGUACAAAGAGGAGAGAAAAGUAGAAAAAGUGUUCUUGUGCUGCUAAUCAUGGUUUCCGUUGUGGAUAUGUCUCAGUGGUAAAGGCACAAAGUUCAGCUGAGUUUAUUCUUGUAUCUUCUUCAGUCAGUUGAGUAAAUCGCU